AUGGAAGAUAAAAAACGCGAGAAGAAGAGUCCUUACCGAAGUACACAUGAUUCAGACAUGUAUGACAAACUCGACUCGAGAAAAGGCUCCAAGCACCUAUCCUUGGACUAUCAUGUCAGCACACAGACGCUGCUAGAAAGCUAUGUCGAGAAGAAAGUCAGAUUUGCAGGUGUUGUUCCUGAUGUUCAAAUUGAUGACCUCACCAACCGUACUGAUGUCCUGAGAAUCAUUGAUGAAGGGAAGAGGCAGGGGAGUAUUCACCAUCAUACAACAGACAAAGAACAUGGUGCCAGUUUCACCUUGAAUGUGCACAAUAUAAAACUCAUGUGCCAAAGAGAGCUACUGCUUCGUAUUUCUAUGCAUGAAAUUGCUGCUGUAUGCUACAUCAAGGAUGAUAGUGAUAAUAUCCUAGCAAUAAAAUAUGGUGUUCCAGACAAAUGCAACUUGGCCGUCCUCUAUGUUGACAAUCGUAUUCAAGCCGAAGAAAUAUGUGCUCUUGUCGAUCAGUGUUUCCAGCUGGUCUAUACAGAAGCUGCCAUACAGUUCAUUGAUACAAAACUGACAGGUGCCUUUACAACAUCUGUAACUUCAUCCAACACACAGAGUGAACCCCAAGAUUCCAAUCCAAUUAAUAAUCCAGCUGACCCCCCAUUGAAACUUUCCUAUAUUACAACGUCUGAUCAGAAUCUUACAAAAAACAGUUCUUCAUCCUGUACUCGGACAUCGCCCAAGCGGUCAAAUCGCACUACUAGCAUAACAACGGACAGUGAGAUUGGUCUUGCUGGAUGCUUUGAAGUCCUUCAAGACUACUUGAAGAAGCUUCCAAAAUGUCUAACAGUUAAAGAACUCCGUCAAUUUGCCAUGCUUCUGAAGGCUUGGCAUAAUGAACCAGGAACCACCACAAGUGAAUUCUGUGAGAAAGUUUUUAAUCUCUAUGGCCAAGAGAGAAAACAUAUGUUGGCAGGAAUGGGACCUUUUAUUCCUGCUGAAGAGUAUCAUGUCUUUGAAGAAUUCUUGAACAAGAAUUCUGUAACGUUACCAGCAAAUGGACAUGGCACUAUUUCAAGUUAUCGAAGCUACACUCCACAACGCAGCAACUCUGUGAGUGACAUCGGCACCACCACGCACUCAAUGAACGGAGCAGACUCUGACGAAUUUGAUCGAAUGAUUGAUUGCUUCUCAAAUCAAAUUGAUUUGAUGGAAAGCAGCGUUGAAGUUGACAGUGUUAUGUCUUAA